GUACAAGUCCAAGCUGCAGUGCGCGACGGACUAUUCUGCAGGCCUGACAGUGGAGCAGAAAUGUGAGCUGGCUGAGCGGGAGCUGUCUGAGACGAAGGAUGAGAUUCAGAGGAUGAAGGAGGACUCGGAGAAGACCUUGCAGUACCUCGAGGCAGUCAUUGAAGAAGCAGACAUUUGGUGCGCUGAUGUGCAGAAAGCCAUCAGUGACUUUGAGAAAGACAUCGUCAGCACCAUAUCCAGCAAGAAAGGGAGUAUCAGAGCUUCCGAUAAGCUGCUGAGAUACAUGGAGGAGAAGAACCGCCAGCGGGAUCUGCUGAGACAGAAGUUGCGCUUCAAAAACUCUUUGCUCAAGGGUGACAAGAAGAAGCUACAGCAGCAGCUCAAGCAGACAAAGCUGCAGGAUGCCAUGGCAACAUCCGCGUCUCUGAUGAAAGACAUCUCCCAGAGGAAGGAGCUGCUGGAGAAAACUGAAAGAGAAGCUGUUCUGGUGGAGGAGCAAGGAGCCGAAGCUGAGAGUGUGAAUUGGCAGCUGCAGAAGCAACUCUCAGACUACAGCGUUCCCCCUGUGCUGAGUUACGUGUGGAAGAAGAUGGCUGUUACUGACCUCGAAAAGAGCCUGAAGGCUUGGGAGAGGAAGGUGGCCAUUGCCGAGAUGUCCUUGCAAAGCUACCGCAGAGCAUGGAAACAGGUCGUGAUGUCUG